AUGACCGAGGUUAUGGUGGGAGGUGAUCGUUCGAUGGAGAUUACACCAAAAAACAGAGAAGUAUCGUCGUCGUCUGUGAAGAGUGCUCCUCCACGAUACGAAGCAUUCCUGAUGACCGGUGAUACGAUGUUCAUCGUUGAUCACAAGAUCUCACCGAGAUAUGCUGAGGUAUGCGGCGAUCAACUACCGCCAUCGACGGCAGUUCGUGAAACACCAGUGCGGCCUGUUGGCGCAUUCGAUGAUUACCCAUCGAAACAGCAGAAAAUGAAAACACGUCGAUUCAACGCCGAAUCCGCUGUGCCCGCAUCUCAGUCCGAUAACGGUCUCAAUACUCAUGCGCCUACAACUCCAGAUAGCACCACAUCACCGUUGGACGAGCAGAAAUCAACGGUGACAGUGAACGCCGAUGGAGGUGUUAAGGAAGAACGUGAGAACGGCUCAGAUGUGACCGUCUCGAGCAGUGCCGUAUCAUCGCAAUACUCUCUAACCUCAUCCACCACCCGAAGUCCCACAAUCGAUCGACGCAUUAAUCUCUUCAAUCAGUCCUCUUGCUCUACCAGCGAGCCGAACACUCCAGCCAAAGGUGCCAUGCCCAUCAUCAAUAACUUCGUUUCAACUGUCGUAUGCCCUUCGCCACCUCAUGAAUUGGAUCAUAAAUCUGAAAUCGACAAUGAAGCGUCGAGUCGUCUCGCGAAACGAUUAUAUGCACUGGACGGUUUUCGAAAAACUGACGUCGCUGCACACCUAUCGAAAACAAAUGAAUUUGGAUUGGCGGUGGCGGAUGAGUAUUGUGGAUUAUUCAAUUUUUUGGGUAUUCGACUGGAUGUGGCAAUUCGAGAAUUUUUAUCGCGAUUCUGUUUGACUGGUGAAACGCAGCAGCGAACUCGAAUCAUCGAGCAUUUCGCUAAACGAUAUCACCAGUGCAAUCCAACACUUUUCACUAGUGCAGAUGAGGUUCACGCACUCACCUGUGCGCUGUUAUUGUUGAACUCGGAUCUUCAUGGACCGAAUGUCGGAAGACGAAUGUCAAGUCGUGAAUUCAUCGAUAAUAUCAGUCAAACGGAACACACGUUUGAUCGUUCACUGCUGAAAACUUUAUACGGAUCAAUUCGUGAUCAGCCUAUCAAAUGGGCAGAAGAUGAGAGUGAACUGGAGAAAAGCAACGAAACGAGUGCAUCGAACGGCUCGGCUUUGAAUCAGCGAGAACGGGGAAGUGGCUUGCUGGAUCGAAAGAAACGAAAAUCUUUCACGAAUAAAUCGAAAUCGGUUGUAGCAGACGAUGAUCAAAUAGAAUAUAAGGCUGGAUGGGUUGUGAGGAAAUCGGUUUAUGAUCGUGACGGCAAUAGAAGUAUUUUGAGAGUACAGUUGAGCUCUUGUGAUCCGAAUGAAGUGCAACGAUGGAUUGAUACGAUCAACUAUGUGGCGGCAGCGUUCUCGUCACCGGCUCUGCCAGCGCCAGUGUCAAACGAUACGAGCGUAUUCCAUAAGCCACUCCUUCCGUCGGCACCCUCCAAACUCACCAUCACCGAACAGCUGCGUGCACACGAAGGAAAAGAACUGGAAGUGCGUCAAAGACUCGAAGAGUUGAUGAGACAAGGUCCACCGUUGAACACAAAAGGAUCGGCCGUCUAUGAUUUCUUCUAUAAAGAACGUUAUCUUUAUCAAGAGCGUGAACGCUACGAGCUGUACGUGUCAGUACUACGCAGUCGUCUGAGUGCGCUGUCACCGUCGAAUGCUCACAACUGUUGUUGUAGUGGAACGGCACUGGCAACGAGCAACAAUAAUUGUAACGAGCUGAGAGUGUGCGAUAACGAAGCGUGUGCAAGCAACAAUCACCAACCGAACACUUCAUAUCACCUCAAAACGGAUGUGGUCAGAGAAGAGCCCGAGGAGUUGGUGGACGCUCGUGAAGACGAGACUGUUGCCGUUGGCUCUUCGUCAGGCAUCUUGUCGACUGCAUGCCAACUUCAGAAGUCGAGUGAUGAUUUUUUGGUUGCAUUAACAAAUGCCACUAGCACUAAGGAUAGUUCUGAAGCAGAUAGUUCAGAUCGAAUCAGUUACAAAGAAGCGAUCAUGUCAAGUCCGAAUACUCUGAAAUUGAACGAUAGUACUGAUGCAUCUCAGUCAUGA